AUGGAUGCAGCGAGGAGGAGGGAAAUCGAGUUGCAGACCCAGACCAAGAGGAAGGCCAAUGACACCUCCUCCAAGACAUCCGGAGAUGCCCAGAAAAAGCAAAAGCAGGGUGGUAAGUCAAGGUAUGAGUACAAGCCGUCUUCAAGUCAGGGCGAGAAAAAUCCGUUGAUAUGCUACAACUGUAAAAAGCCAGGGCAUCAUUGGAAGAAUUGUAGGGCUCCCCCUGCGAGUGCAGUUCCUCAUAUUACUUCUGCAGUUCCCGUCUGCUAUCACUACAACGAGACGGGACACAAGAAGCCUGAAUGCCCGAAGUUAAAGACUGGUAAAGGAGACAGGGGUACAAAUCCUGCAAUUGCAUCAUCCUCUAAGGGAACCACUAUGGUGACACGAGGUCGUGCUCACCAGAUGACUGUGGAGGAGCCGGUGAUUACAACGACACUGGCAGACACUUAUUUGCUAGAUUCCAAGCCCGAUGUUGUUAUGUUUGAUAGCGGUGCUACCCAUUCUUUUGUAUCUCACACGUUUAUUAAUCGUUUGGGGCGUAGUAUUGGAAAAUUGGCUCACCCAAUGGUUGUCGAUGUUGUCGACAACCGCACUAUUUCUGUCACCGAUGUCUAUCGGGGUUGCACUAUCGAGUUUUCUGGAGUUGAAUUCCCUAUUGAUAUUAUCCCUAUUGCGAUGCGAGAGCUCUGCGUUAUCGAUUCGGCAUACUACUUCGAGAAGUUCAAAAAGUGUAGCUCUCCUCUUUGGAAUGGUGAAUCCGACCCAGUUGCUACUAAGCCCUGGGUGUCAGAUGUUGAGGGCGCCUUCAUAAGUGUUGGGUGUCCGAACUAG